CCUGGAGUGGCACGCUGGAGCUUCCAGAGGCUUGUGGACCUGAAGCAGUGUGACGUGGCCCAGGUAAUAAUCACACACACGUAAACACACACGCACUCACUCAAUCAAUCACUCAUUGUUUUGUCGUAUAAUUAUUGUCGUAUAAAAUUGUGACUCUCUCUUUUAGAUCUUACACCCCUAUUCGCUCAACUACAACCCUCACAGCUGCAGUCGUCUGCCCCUGCACCUGCUACACAGAGUCACAUUAACAGAAAUCCCAUGCAGCCUUGUUUAUACAUUUGAACACUGGAAUGUGAGAUGUAAUCUACACCUCCAUUAAAUUGAUAGAAAUCCUCAUUUCGUUUAAUGAUUUUCCAUUUGAGCAUCAUUAUUUCUAUAUAGCCUACACUCUCUCAUUCUGAACUUCUAACGCAAGUGGGACGAUGUGGCUUGGUGACAAUGAUCACAAGAGUAGCUGCUCACCGGUUUGACAGCUCCAACACAGUUACACUCUGACACCGCCAAAACAUCAGCUAUGUGGGUGUCAGCUAUCGCCUGUUAAGACUUGAUCGGAUUGAAUCUUCCACUCAUUCACUCUGUUUAGUUAUAUGAUUAUUGUCAGUUAAUACAAUUGUGCCUCUCUCUUUUAGAUCUGCCACCCCCAGCAGUUCAGCUGCAGUCACAGCAGUCCUCUGCUGUGAUAUUUAAUUUACCGGCUGCACCAGUUCCUGCUACACUGGCCGUGAAGGGAGACACUUUUGAGGAUUCCCAGAUGGAUACAGAUAAUUCAGAA